AUUGAUGUUUUACAUGUAAGAUUGGGUUUGACAUUAACACACCCCGGCUAUGUGAGAGACUCCUAUUUGCUAUAUCUAUUAGUUUCGUUUGCCGAAAUGCCUGAAAAAACGGCUAUUUUGAUCAAUUUAUGGUAAAUCAUGUAAUUUCAAACAUAACUGAUUAUAUUGUAAUUUUGACAUGGGUCUUCAUUUUUUAUGAAUAGAGUGCGUCUUCAGCAAUUUUUCUUGCUUUGUCUAUCCUCACGUAUCCUGGUAGAAAAAUUUCCCAAAGACUAAAAAAAUGAGAAAAUUGGCAAGGUUAUGAUAUAAUCGACUAUUUUUAAGAGUUGCGUUAUUGAUUAGAAGUUAACAAACUUGGUGGUUUUUUUUUUUUGAUAAUUUGUCUUAAUAUAAAUAGAAUUGUAUAAAUGAUGAUCAUAUUCUACAUUUAGAAAAUGAAAUGAAUGAAUGGUGGAAAGUAUAGGGAGAGAAGCAAUGGACAGAAAAUAAUGUUUGGAGAGGAAAUGGAGGGGAAACAUGUAUGUAUAUAAUGAAAGGAUGGAGGUGGGAUUGUGAUUGAAAGGAGAGAAAAAGGUGGUUAUUGAUAAGCGUAAUGUAUAGAAUAGGUAAUGGUCUUUGGCCGUUGUUUGCAUAGGGUCUCCUUGAAUAUCUGCAGUGAUCUUGAGGAGGUCUUUUCCUAUCCCUUCCGACACACUUGUUUCGAAAACAAGGAGAAGAAGAAGAAGAAGCCGAGGAAAGGAGGAGGAUCGCGAGGGAAACCGACCGGUUCAAGCAAGGGCGGCAUCGUUGAAGCCAGGCUCGUCAGCCUCAUGGACGUUUUGGGACUCAUCCGCAUCAGGGUGCGCCGCGGCAUCAACCUGGCUGUCCGCGACACCCUCAGCAGCGACCCCUACUGCGUCGUCUCCUGCUCCAACCAGAAGGUGAAGACCAAGGUCGUCAGGGGCAACUGCAAUCCCAUCUGGAACGAGGAGCUCACUAUCUACAUCAAGGAUUUCGAUUCUCCCAUUGUGCUGAAUGUGUACGAUAAGGACACGUUCACGGUGGACGACAGCAUGGGAUGCGCGCACAUAGACAUAGAGCCGCUGAUAAAGUGUCUGAAGAUGGGGCUGUCGAGCCUCCCCGACGGGACGAAGGUGGAGAGGGUGCACCCUACGAAGGAGAACUGCCUGGCCGAGGAGAGCACGAUUGUGUGGAACAAAGGCGGGAAGAUGACACAAGACAUGAUCCUCAGACUCAACGAGGUCGAAUGCGGCAAAGUCCAACUACAGAUUGAAUGGAUCGAGAUUCCUGGCUGCAAAGGCCUCCAUGCCUAAUCCAAUAUCACUAUUUUAGCUUAUUACAUAAUUUCCAGUUUUUUCCUCACAUUUUCCACACAAGUGCAUAUGAUUAAUAUAUAAUGUCUAAUUUACAAUUCUGAUAUUCACACUGUACACUGUUCUUUGUUUG